CGCAUCCUGCGUUCACAUCCAUCGCACCUUGACUUCAAAGCCCUAUCGCUCAGCUUCCUUCUGACGACUUCACGAACCACCACACGAAACUACACGAUCCUGGUGCUCUGCUCGAGAUCCCCUGUCUCGAGAGUCGCGAGACUUGCAACCCUGCCUUGAUCACGACGCUAGUUCCCAUCCCCUCCUUCCAACGGCGAUAGAAAACCUCCGAUAGUCGUCCCAAACGCCGAUUCUUGUCACCGACGGUAUCCUCGAACUCGCCAAACGCGGACGCUGACGCCACCACCCGUCUCGUGAACCUCGACCCCCAGAGGCGGAGAGGAUUGAUUGGAUUCGGCGCGGGAGAGUCGUCGCUGAAGACCUGGCGGUCUUGCGGGCGAUGCGGGGGGAGGCGGACCUCGAGAAUUGAUAGCAUCAAGGAUCGAGGUCAGAGACAGCCACCACACUUUGCCGUUACCGCUGCCGGCAUUCCCAGUGAUCCACGGAAGGGCCAACCCUAGUCGACUGCCCGCCCUCUCUCGCGUCCGCCCUGGCACGGGGGCUUCGGCUUCUACUUCGGUCGUUUUCCCCCCCUUUUAGCUCGUGGGCAUGGAUCCCGUCUUCGUUGUCACCCGCGAAGAGUUACACGAUGUUCAGAUGGAGCUGAAACGCAUCCACCAUGUCCAAUUGGUGCAUGGGGAACGACUCCGCUCGCUGGAGAAACGUCAGGCCGACGAUGCCGCGCUCAAAUCCGUCUGGAAUUCCCCGUUUCCGAGCGUUCUGGGGGGGACGCCGCAGCAUGGGCCCGUGCAUAUGCCUGCCACGGAGUUGAUCGACGAUCUCGAUGACGAGGACCAGAAUCUGCUCGGGAGACUGCACCUCGAGACGGACGACGAACCGAUCCGGAGGGGAGCGGCUUCGCGGGCGAACAGUGUCCGAUUCGACGAGAGCGCCCUGCACGGAGCGAACUUCGGUCAUGGCGGGCGCCAUUCUGGUGACUUCGGUCCCAGCCGCCCUGGGAGCGGCUUCGGCGGGCACCAGAUGGAGCGGACAUAUUCCCAUAAGUCAGACGGUAGACACAGCUCGGCCGGACACUCGGUUCACUCAAUGCAUUCGGGCAUAUCGGGGCGUACCAGCAGCCUCGGUCUGGACAGUAACUUUAUGAUUGGCGGCCAUGAGGAUGAUUCCGCCCUAGAUAUGCCGGAGCCACCUCCCGUGCUGUACAUUCUGGGUUCGCCGCCAUCCAUCAUCCGCUGCUGGCUGACGACCAACUUCACGUCCGCCGGCUUGUUGUAUGCCGUGGUAUGUACCGGGUCUCAGAAGUCGACGGUCGAGUACUCGCUACUGAGGGAGCUGGACCUGACCAACAACAUCCACCGGGAUGUGGACGGCGCUCACAGGAUCACGCUUCCCGUAUUUUUGGCUGAGGCGCGCGUCACGCAAUCAAAUUCCAGGUCUACCAGCCCAGGGCCGCAUCUUCCCAGCAUAACAGCUUCGUUUGAGGUGACGGGCAUGGACCAGCAGGAGACCCCCGAGUCAAGGAAGGCGAUCCGUAUCUUCAUCGGCAGCCAUACGUUGCGCCUGCAUGGCGCCGACAUCCUGCUGUCCCGGAACCUGAUGACGCUGUACGGCAGUGACCGUGACAAGCUUUCCAUCCCGUUUGUGAGACCCGAGGACGACGCCGUGUUUAAGAAUCUCGCCACCACCAACCUGGUGUCGAGCAAGCCUAAGCUGAACGCCGCCGCCCCUGAAUUCAUUGCCGGCGAGAAAUCGGUAAACGGGUCCGUUCCAAAAUCCAAGGAGCAGAAUACCUCGGCGUCCAAAUCGGCGGAAAGCGGCUCUGAGGAAGUGCUGUCGCCAACUUCCCCCUCGAAUCAGCCAACCAAGACGGGAGCUACCAGUGCGGCAUCCGAAAGCGGAGGAGAAGCUGAUAAGCGGGCUCCGGAGCCAGGUGCGCCGCCGCUGUCGUCCGGAAAGGAACCCUCUGGGUCAACCGAACCCAGCCGUCGAGAAUCCAACCCUGCCCUCCGGACACCAUGGCGGCAAACGGCGGCCGCCCUUGCGGACAGCAGCACGCCGCUGAGCGGGUAUCAGCCAGCUGCGCGGUCCCGCAACAUGAAGGUUCUCAAGCCGACCAAGUCCAGCAGCGGCUCAUCGACCAGGACGGGAUCAACACACGAUCCCACGCCCGGAACGCGUCCCAGCGCGGAUCAAAGGCGGAAGACGCAGGCAGAGGGCGGCUCGGGGGCGGUCAACCGGGGAAGCUCGAAGCGCGCCGUGAGCGUAUCUGCCUUACCCGGCCUUGGAGAGGCGAAGCAGGCAGCGAACGGCCAGGAACCGACGGCAAAGGGCCCGUUGGUGGCUCCGUCAAAAGAUAACCCUUUGGGAAGCGCGUCGGCUUUCUCCUGGAUAGCGCCAACCAAACCAAAGGGGCCCCCUGCGGCUGACUAG